AUGUCGGCGGCCGCCUACUACGCGCUCACCAGCGCCACCACUGUGGCGGCGCUCAUCGUCGUCGGCACCAUCGCCGCGAUGGUGGCGAUUGUUGGCGAUUUGCGGCAAUUCGAGACCGACUUCUCGGCGGAUAUGGACGUGUUCAAGGUGAAAGCCAACGACGCUUGGUCACAAAUGAUGGCGGCUCGUCGAAUCGAGUCGCCGACGGAGCGGAUUGCCUUCGAAGGACUGUUCGGAAGAGCGAAACGACAAUAUGCUACUGGUGGUGGUGGCGGCGGAGGAGGCGGAUGCCAAUGCGCUGCUCAGGCGUCUGGAUGUCCGCCGGGACCGCCGGGACCACCAGGACAGCCUGGCGAGCCGGGCGAGCCGGGAGAACCGGGACAAGACGGACAGGCCGGCGGAGCCGGACAAGCCGACAGCUAUCCGGGAGCCGCUGGCAACUGCAUUAAAUGUCCGCAAGGGCCACCGGGACCGCCGGGACCCGACGGAAAUCCGGGAGGCCCGGGGCCCGAUGGAUCGCCAGGACCCGACGGCGAUGCGGGACCGCCACCGCAGGCAGGGCCACCAGGACCACCGGGACCGCCGGGACCCGACGGACAACCGGGACAGCCGGGACAGGACGGACAGCCGGGUGCGCCGGGCACGAAGACGAGCAGUAUGCCGGGACCGCCGGGACCACCGGGGCCGCCGGGACCAAUGGGCACACCGGGAGAGGGCGGCCACGCUCCGCCAUCGCCACCAGGACCGCCGGGACCGCCGGGACCGCCAGGAAAUCCGGGACCACCGGGUGGACCCGGACUGCCGGGAGGGCCGGGAACCGACGGACAACCGGGAGCCGACGCGGCCUACUGUCCGUGUCCGCCAAGAACCGGAGCCGCCGGCGGUGGCGGCGGUGGAUACGAGUCGGCACCAGCGGCUGGUGGAGGAGGAGGCGGAGGAUACGCCGGAGGAGCCGGAGGAGGAGGUGCCGCUCCGGCUGGCGGUUACUCUGGCGGUGGAGCAGCUGGUGCAGCUCCCGCCGGCGGAUCAGGAUACGGUCGACGACGACGCGUCCAAGCCUAA